CCUCCAUAUAAUGCUGGCAAGAGGGAUAUGAAAGAGUUAGUUCCUCUUCUUUGCAAGUGGAAGGUUCACAUCUGCUUGAUGAUUGUGGUUGUGGGUUGAUACAUUCAUUUGAGAAGCUGGGACUGAACAUCAGGACGCAUAUUGCUAGCAAACAAUCUGCUGAACAAGCAAGAUGAUUGCUGUGUUAGUGUUGCUUAUGGUAGGACUGGUUUCUGGCAGUGUUGUCUGUCCAGGUGGGACAAAAUGUCAAGAUAAAACUACCUGCUGCCAAACUGAGACAGGAUAUGCAUGCUGCCAAUAUCCAUCUUCUGUUCCCCCUCAGAUACCUGCAGAGGAGGAAGAGGAAAGAGCUCCUGCUCCUCUAGUGAAAUCUGACAAUUCUUCUGCCUCUGUGGUUCACUGUGACAACAUCUAUAUUUGCUCUGAUGGUACAACGUGCUGCAGGUCUCCUUUUGGGCAGUGGUCCUGCUGCCCGUACAGUCUGGGUCAGUGCUGCCGUGAUGGCCUCCAUUGCUGUCCCUUUGGUUAUCGCUGUGACAGCACAUCCACCGUCUGUUUUAGGGGAACACUGAGUCUUCCUGCAUCUCCUCAGACUGCUGCCAUGCAGAGCAACACCAUUCAGGUACCUGCAGAGGAGGAAGAAAAAAGAGCUCCUGCUCCUCUGGUGAAAUCUGACAAUCCUUCUGCCUCUGUGGUUCGCUGUAACAGCAUCUAUUCCUGCCCUGAUGGUACAACGUGCUGCAGGUCUCCUUUUGGGCAGUGGUCCUGCUGCGUAUUCAGAGUGGGUCAGUGCUGCCGUGAUGGCCUCCAUUGCUGUCCCUUAGGUUUUCGCUGUGACAGCACAUCCACCCGCUGUUUUAGGGGAACACUGAGUGUUCCUGCAACUCCACAGAUUGCUGCCAUGCAGAGCAACACCAUUCAGGUACCUGCAGAGGAGGAAGAAAAAAGAGCUCCUGCUCCUCUGGUGAAAUCUGACAAUCCUUCUGCCUCUGUGGUUCGCUGUAACAGCAUCUAUACCUGCCCUGAUGGUACAACGUGCUGCAGGUCUCCUUUUGGGCAGUGGUCCUGCUGCGUAUUCAGAGUGGGUCAGUGCUGCCGUGAUGGCCUCCAUUGCUGUCCCUUAGGUUUUCGCUGUGACAGCACAUCCACCCGCUGUUUUAGGGGAACACUGAGUGUUCCUGCAACUCCACAGAUUGCUGCCAUGCAGAGCAACACCAUUCAGGUACCUGCAGAGGAGGAAGAAAAAAGAGCUCCUGCUCCUCUGGUGAAAUCUGACAAUCCUUCUGCCUCUGUGGUUCGCUGUAACAGCAUCUAUUCCUGCCCUGAUGGUACAACGUGCUGCAGGUCUCCUUUUGGGCAGUGGUCCUGCUGCGUAUUCAGAGUGGGUCAGUGCUGCCGUGAUGGCCUCCAUUGCUGUCCCUUAGGUUUUCGCUGUGACAGCACAUCCACCCGCUGUUUUAGGGGAACACUGAGUGUUCCUGCAACUCCACAGAUUGCUGCCAUGCAGAGCAACACCAUUCAGGUACCUGCAGAGGAGGAAGAGGAAAGAGCUCCUGCUCCUCUGGUGAAAUCUGACAAUCCUUCUGCCUCUGUGGUUCGCUGUAACAGCAUCUAUACCUGCCCUGAUGGUACAACGUGCUGCAGGUCUCCUUUUGGGCAGUGGUCCUGCUGCGUAUUCAGAGUGGGUCAGUGCUGCCGUGAUGGCCUCCAUUGCUGUCCCUUAGGUUUUCGCUGUGACAGCACAUCCACCCGCUGUUUUAGGGGAACACUGAGUCUUCCUGCAUCUCCACAGAUUGCUGCCAUGCAGAGCAACACCAUUCAGGUACCUGCAGAGGAGGAAGAAAAAAGAGCUCCUGCUCCUCUGGUGAAAUCUGACAAUCCUUCUGCCUCUGUGGUUCGCUGUAACAGCAUCUAUACCUGCCCUGAUGGUACAACGUGCUGCAGGUCUCCUUUUGGGCAGUGGUCCUGCUGCGUAUUCAGAGUGGGUCAGUGCUGCCGUGAUGGCCUCCAUUGCUGUCCCUUAGGUUUUCGCUGUGACAGCACAUCCACCCGCUGUUUUAGGGGAACACUGAGUCUUCCUGCAACUCCACAGAUUGCUGCCAUGCAGAGCAACACCAUUCAGGUACCUGCAGAGGAGGAAGAGGAAAGAGCUCCUGCUCCUCUGGUGAAAUCUGACAAUCCUUCUGCCUCUGUGGUUCGCUGUAACAGCAUCUAUACCUGCCCUGAUGGUACAACGUGCUGCAGGUCUCCUUUUGGGCAGUGGUCCUGCUGCGUAUUCAGAGUGGGUCAGUGCUGCCGUGAUGGCCUCCAUUGCUGUCCCUUAGGUUUUCGCUGUGACAGCACAUCCACCCGCUGUUUUAGGGGAACACUGAGUGUUCCUGCAACUCCACAGAUUGCUGCCAUGCAGAGCAACACCAUUCAGUCUGUUCCCCCUCAGAUACCUGCAGAGGAGGAAGAGGAAAGAGCUCCUGCUCCUCUAGUGAAAUCUGACAAUUCUUCUGCCUCUGUGGUUCACUGUGACAACAUCUAUAUUUGCCCUGAUGGUACAACGUGCUGCAGGUCUCCUUUUGGGCAGUGGUCCUGCUGCCCGUACAGUCUGGGUCAGUGCUGCCGUGAUGGCCUCCAUUGCUGUCCCUUUGGUUAUCGCUGUGACUUCACAUCCACCCGCUGUUUUAGGGGAACACUGAGUCUUCCUGCAUCUCCACAGAUUGCUGCCAUGCAGAGCAACACCAUUCAGGUACCUGCAGAGGAGGAAGAAAAAAGAGCUCCUGCUCCUCUGGUGAAAUCUGACAAUCCUUCUGCCUCUGUGGUUCGCUGUAACAGCAUCUAUUCCUGCCCUGAUGGUACAACGUGCUGCAGGUCUCCUUCUGGGCGGUGGUCCUGCUGCGUAUUCAGAGUGGGUCAGUGCUGCCGUGAUGGCCUCCAUUGCUGUCCCUUAGGUUUUCGCUGUGACAGCACAUCCACCCGCUGUUUUAGGGGAACACUGAGUGUUCCUGCAACUCCACAGAUUGCUGCCAUGCAGAGCAACACCAUUCAGGUACCUGCAGAGGAGGAAGAGGAAAGAGCUCCUGCUCCUCUGGUGAAAUCUGACAAUUCUUCUGCCUCUGUGGUUCACUGUGACAACAUCUAUAUUUGCCCUGAUGGUACAACGUGCUGCAGGUCUCCUUUUGGGCAGUGGUCCUGCUGCCCGUACAGUCUGGGUCAGUGCUGCCGUGAUGGCCUCCAUUGCUGUCCCUUUGGUUAUCGCUGUGACUUCACAUCCACCCGCUGUUUUAGGGGAACACUGAGUGUUCCUGCAACUCCACAGAUUGCUGCCAUGCAGAGCAACACCAUUCAGGUACCUGCAGAGGAGGAAGAGGAAAGAGCUCCUGCUCCUCUGGUGAAAUCUGACAAUCCUUCUGCCUCUGUGGUUCGCUGUAACAGCAUCUAUACCUGCCCUGAUGGUACAACGUGCUGCAGGUCUCCUUUUGGGCAGUGGUCCUGCUGCGUAUUCAGAGUGGGUCAGUGCUGCCGUGAUGGCCUCCAUUGCUGUCCCUUAGGUUUUCGCUGUGACAGCACAUCCACCCGCUGUUUUAGGGGAACACUGAGUCUUCCUGCAUCUCCACAGAUUGCUGCCAUGCAGAGCAACACCAUUCAGGAUCAGUGCUGUCAGGGCGAGACAGGCUGCUGUCCCGUCGGGUUUCACUGUGAUGAGGAGAGCAAAGCCUGUGUGGAAGACUUCGACCACUCAUCUCCACUGAAGUCUGCGUUGAAUCCCCAGAAUCAGGCCGGCAUUAUCCAUUGCAGUAACCGAUUCUAUUGCCCAGCUGGAAACAGCUGCUGCAAGACACUAACUGGCCAGUGGGCAUGCUGUCCAUAUCCUCUGGGUCAAUGCUGUAAGGAUGGAAAGCACUGCUGUGAAUAUGGCUAUGACUGCAAUACUACAUUUACUAAGUGCAAAAGAGGCUACUCAAGCAUUCCUGCUCUUCUCACAAAAGAAGCACUGCUCCUCUGAAUCCUCCUUCCUUGAACCAAAAGCUACAUCCAUAAAAAGCAGUCAUAAUUAAGAGUAUUUUAUUUGAUCAACAAAUGUCAUACAUUUUUAAGCUUCAUGCUUUGAGUUUUGUUAUGCCGCAAUAAGCAAGAGCAGUUAUAUUUCAUUCUUUUCUUUUUUUGAAGGAACAAAAAAAAAAAAUCACAAAAAUAAAUGUCUCAAUGCAUAUGCAAACUAAUAAAAAGUGAUUUUAAUCACA